CUACAUUGCAUUGAUUAUUGUAUUUUUUUAUUCAUAGUCAGUGGUGGAGGAAUUAUUCAGAUCUCUCAAGUAACAAUAGCAACACCACAGUGUACCCAAACUAUUUUCUGUCACAGUUCAAAGCUCCUGCAUUUUAAGUAAAAGUACAAAGGUAUUAGCAUCAAAAUAUACUAGAUGCCUGCUUGUCACAUGUGUAAUUACCAAGCUAUAAUUACAAAACCACAGUUAUUCAUCAGAGCUCCCAUGUUAUUGCCUGUACUCCACGUGUAUCUAUAAAACCCAUGAACGACGCACCAAGCUUCUGGCAACAGGUUGAAGAUCUGUCCGCCCUGACAGUGACAGGGUCACAGACAGGGUCUAAAGUCCAUCGAUGGUGGUGAGCUGCCAGUAUCAACCCCCACACUGCUCACUGCCUCACUGGAUACACUCGACUGUUUAAAGACUUUUUCAUCUUUUUAUUUUAAUCCUGAACAUGAUCGAGAUCCCAGUGUUUACGCUGGAUGCCUUCACUAAUUUACCAUUCAAGGGAAACCCCGCUGCAGUAUGUCCACUCGUGCAGGAGCUGAAUGAUGAUUUGUAUCAGAAGAUAGCUGCAGAGAUAAACCUGUCAGAAACAGCUUUCAUCACCAGGCUCAACCCCAGUGACAGUUUCAGUUCAGGAUCAAGGUUCCGUCUCCGAUGGUUUACACCAACCACUGAAGUGAAUCUGUGUGGUCACGCUACGCUGGCCUCUGCAGCAGUGCUGUUUCAGCACAAGGAAAAUGUGAACCCUGUACUGGUGUUUGAGACCAAGAGUGGAGAUCUGGCCGUCACCAAGCAGGGGGAAGGGUACAUCAUGGACUUUCCCCUCAACCCACCCACCCAGGAGGAUCCCAGUGAGUUCAGAGACAUCAUCCAGGCAGCAGUUGGAAAACAUGCAGUCAAGGAUGUUUAUCUGAGCGCCAACACUAAGAAACUGAUGGUUCGACUGGCUGACAGCUGUGACAGGUCAGUGCUCACCAGUCUGAAAGUGGACCCUGUCGCUCUUCAGAGCAGUGAGAGGAGUGGAAGAGUCAAAGGACUGAUUCUCACCAUGAAAGGGUCUCCAGACUGCCAGCCGGGAUACGACUUCUACUCCAGAUAUUUUGCUCCAUGGAAUGGAAUCCCCGAGGAUCCCGUUACUGGUUCUGCCCACACUGUCCUAGGUAGCUACUGGUCUGAGAAACUGGGAAAGAAGAAAAUGCUGGCUUACCAGUGCUCUGGUCGAGGUGGUGAGCUGGAACUGGAAGUGAGAGACGAUGGAAGAAUCAACAUAGCUGGACAAACUGUCACUGUGCUGCAGGGAACAAUCAGACUCUAGUCACACAGGCAAUGAAUUAGUAGCUUUAUUAAAAAUAAUAAUUAAUUAGAUAAAAAAUAAAAUGAAGGCAAACUAGACAAGUCCAGACAAUGAUGAAACAUCACUAAGCUAACCAAGAAACCACACACAUAGAUUCUAUUAUUUAUUCACACAACACCAAAAAUCACAAUAUUAGACAAAAACCAAACAUGUAAAAUCAGAGGAUGUGUUGGAGGUACAACUCACCCGUGGUAUAAUCACAGUUAGUCUGGUCAUCAGGAUGUUAUCUUAAACAUCCUGCUCACAGUUAGCUGACAAACAAAAAUGAAUCAUUUAAAUUGUGAUUUUCCAGACAAAAGCCCUUGAGUUUAACGAUUAUGAAACCCCGUAGUGUCGUCUAAUAAUUCAGUGUGUGUGCAGCUUUAGAUCUGUGUGCAAAGGAAUAGAAAUAAAUGAUUUAAAUGCC